CCUAUAGUCUAAGCCUCCUUGGAGGCCCCUAAACUCAAAAUUGUAAUUACUUAAUAAAAGCAUUUAAGCACAAUGGCCAUUGCAAAGAGUGCUUCUAUUGUUAUUAUCUUCUUUGCAUUGGCCCAUUAUGCAAAUGCAGCUAUGAAAGCAAGGCCACCCGUAGGUCAUGAUGUUUUUGGAGAUAACAAUCAUGCUAAGGAUGUUGCCCUUCCCGGGGAGAAACUAGUUAAUGUCGAGAGUUUUGGGGCCAAAGGCGAUGGCGUUACUGAUUCCACUACGGCUUUUCUGUCAGCAUGGCAAGCAACUUGCCAUGCUGAAGGACAAAACCGACUUUAUAUUCCAGCUGGUACUUUUUUAGUUUCUUCAGUAACUUUUGAAGGACCUUGUCUGGCCCCAAAUCCAAUUACAAUUCAAGUGGUGGGGACAAUUUUGGCAGACACUGAUGGUUCUGACUAUAUGAGUGGAGACUGGCUCAUAUUUCAAAAAAUCAAUGGCCUAAAAAUCAUUGGUGGAGGUGUUUUUGAUGGACAAGGUCAACUUUCAUGGAAAUUCAUUGAGGAUUGUGAAAAUUCCAAAGUAGAUUGUAAAAGAAUGCCCAGUAGUUUGUUUUUCGCCGAAGUCCAGAAUGCGAUUAUAGCCAACAUUAAAUCAUUGAAUCCCAAAGGCUUUCACGUCUUCGUCACUAAGUGUUCAAACAUUAGGUUGCGUAAACUUAAGCUUAUUGCACCUGAAACCAGCCCUAACACCGACGGCAUUCAUAUUAGUAGCUCCAUCAAUGUGAUUGUUGCUAGAAACACCAUUGCAACUGGUGAUGAUUGUAUCUCUAUGAUUCAAGGUUGCGAGAAUAUUUUCAUCAACAGACUCAAGUGUGGACCUGGACACGGUAUCAGUAUUGGUAGUCUUGGAAAGGUUGCAGAUGAGAGAGAGGUGAAAGGUAUUCGCAUUAAGAACAGUGCGUUGAAUGGUACAACCAAUGGUUUGAGAAUAAAAACAUGGCCUGAGAAAUAUGGAGGUGGAGCAUCAGAGAUAAGUUUCAGUAACAUUAACAUGAUCAAUGUUCUAAAUCCCAUCAUCAUUGAUCAGGAGUAUGAAUGUUAUCCAAACUGUCAGAAAAAGCCAUCAUUGGUGAGGAUAGCAGAUAUUCAUUUUGCAAAUGUGACGGGAACAACUGCUUCGCCAAUUGCAGUGGAUUUGAGAUGCAGCCAGCAGUUUCCAUGCAUGGGAGUUACGAUUCGCAACAUUGACCUAAAGUAUCAAGAUGCUCCAUCAACGGCUAGAUGUGUUAAUGUAAAGCCUGUGUAUGGUGGUUUGUUGAACCCACCAGCAUGCCUUUAAAUUUAUUGUUUUAUCAGUGAUUGCCAAUUAUCUAUGGAGGGAAAUGAUGAUAGGAGUACUGUCACUACAGAUUAUGCAUUUUGUAAUAUGUGUAAGCUGUAUAAUGAAAAAAUGGGGAAAUGAUUCUUUAUUUUUGAAUAAUAGUUUUGGAAUCCAAAUAAACUAGUUAUUGCAUUUCAA